CACCGGCAGAUCUUCGGGCUCCGCCCCAAAAAGAUCCCCAAACCACCACCAUUACAUCCAUCCUGCCAAACACCCGUCCGGUCGCAACAGCGUCCUCACAUACACACGCCGCUAAAACAAUGGUAUUAAGAAUACGCCUCGCGCGCUUCGGCAAGAAGCACGCACCCUUCUACAACAUCGUAGUCGCACACGCCCGCACAGCACGCAACUCGCGCCCCCUCGAAGUCCUCGGGACCUACGACCCGAAACCCCAACCGCCCCGCCCCGGCGACACGCACGGCCGGCCCUGGAAAGACAUCAAGCUGGAUAUAGCGCGGGCGCGGUACUGGGUCGGUGUGGGCGCGCAGCCAAGCGAUACGGCGUGGAGGAUACUGAGCAUGGUGGGGAUUCUGGAGCCGCAGUACCGGGUGGGACAGGUGCAGGGACAGGUGAUUAAGGCGGAUUCGGCGUUUAAGAGUUUGGUGCCUGAGAAGAAGGCGGAGGCGUAG